UUUCUCCUUUCUUUCAAUUUGGUCCAGUCGUCUUGAAUUGAGCUGGCAAGUCGCAGAAUUUUUGUUCGAAAUAAGAAUACCCUAUUUCAUUCAAAAUAAGAAUACCCUUCUUCGAUUUCAGCCGAAAGAAUUUCACCAUAUCAUCCGUGAUUCUGCUGAGAGAGUAAGAUAAGAUUUUCCAGCUUUUUUUUUUCUUCUUUCUUCCAAUUUGGGCUAUUCGCCUUAACUUAAGCGACAAGUUGCAGAAUUUUUAUUUGAAAUAGGGGUGCCUAUUUCAGUUUUUUUUUAUAUUCGAACGUCUUGGUCGCCGGCCGUCGAAUUUGACCAAGCUCGCCUGUAUUUCUUCCAGAGAAUCUCUUAGCCUAAUCAUCCAGAAGGUAUUUUGGUCAUUUCAUGGGUGGUGUCAGAGGACAAAUCAGGGAACUGGUGAUAUUGACUCGAUUUAAAAGUUAAAGGGGUUAAUUGAAACUUUUAACUGUUUUUUUUUGGUGGGUAAACUUUUAACUUUUAAGGCAGAGGGUUUGUCUGUGUAAAUGGCUUAAAGUUAAGGGGACCAAAAUAUAAUUCACUGCAGAAUUAACAGCUAGAGCUGCAGAAUUAAGAAAGAAGGCAUCCUCAGGGGCUGCCAUCCAGGGCUAGGAAAGAAUGUAAAUAUAGAUUUGUUUGGGGGUACAAGAAUAUAGAUAUAGAUUAGGGAGGUUUCCCAGUCUUUCAGGCAGAGGCGGGAAGCGAAAGAAGCGGGAGUGUCGCCUCCAGGCCUACUGCUCCCUUCUUCUUCCUUUUGACCACCGCCAGUCCCCCGCACAUCAUCUAUCCAAAAAGCUGAGGCGAAAGCUUAUCGAAAGACAAAAGCGGGCGAGGGAGAAGGUCACGGCCAUAGAAAAAUCCAAGUCCAACCCACCCUUUCUUGGUUCUUUCCUUACUUUCCUUUGAUCGAUCGGAGGAGAGCAGUAAGAGGUCUUGGGUUUCUAGGGUUUCGAGAGGAGUGGAGGCGAGGUUGGAGGACGGGGAGGGAGAUGCCGAUGGAUGAGGGGUUGCUGGACGGCAUCAUACGGAGGCUCCGGGACGCGAGGAACGGGCGGACGGUGCGGCAGGUCCAGCUGACGGAGGCGGAGAUCCGGCAGCUGUGUCUCGCUUCGAAGGAGAUCUUUGUCAGCCAGCCUAAUCUCUUGGAGCUCGAAGCCCCGAUCAAGAUUUGUGGAGACAUUCAUGGUCAGUAUUCUGAUCUUCUUCGGCUAUUUGAAUAUGGUGGGUUCCCGCCAGGGGCAAAUUAUUUAUUCCUUGGGGACUAUGUGGAUCGUGGUAAACAGAGCAUAGAGACCAUAUGCCUUCUCCUUGCUUACAAAAUAAAGUACCCAGAGAACUUCUUUCUUCUGCGGGGCAACCAUGAGUGUGCUUCCAUUAAUCGUAUAUAUGGGUUUUAUGAUGAAUGCAAGAGGAGGUUUAAUGUUCGUUUGUGGAAGGUUUUUACUGAUUGUUUUAACUGCCUUCCUGUGGCAGCCCUUAUUGAUGAUAAGAUCCUCUGUAUGCAUGGGGGUUUAUCUCCUGAUUUAAAGAACUUGGAUCAGAUCCAAAAUAUUGCUCGUCCAGUGGAUGUACCAGAUCAAGGUCUCCUUUGUGACUUGUUAUGGUCAGACCCUGACAAAGAUAUUGAAGGCUGGGGGGAAAAUGACCGGGGAGUCUCUUAUACUUUUGGGCCUGAUAAGGUAGCUGAGUUCCUUCAGAAGCAUGACCUAGAUCUCAUUUGCCGAGCCCAUCAGGUUGUGGAAGAUGGCUAUGAAUUCUUUGCAAAACGCCAGCUGGUGACCAUAUUUUCGGCCCCAAACUAUUGUGGGGAGUUUGAUAAUGCUGGUGCUAUGAUGAGCGUAGAUGAUACUCUGACAUGUUCAUUUCAGAUUCUUAAACCAUCUGAUAAGAAAGGGAGGAUCGGCUUUGGGAACAAUUUAUUGAAACCAGGAACACCUCCUAGAAAGGGUGGAAAAGGUUAACAGGUACCAUCUGAAGUUGAUGCUAUUAUAUAUUGUGGACUUCUGGAAGGUUGCUGUGAAGCCAGGCUCAGCUCCCCCUAGUUUACCAGCAGGUCCAGGCACCGGGAUUCAAGAACAAAAGCUGAGAGCGUAAGCAAAAGCGUGAAUGUGUAAAUUUAUCCAGAAGCUCCACUUUUGUUAUCAUCUACUGUAGUGUAAUGGUCUGGUUACAUUUAUGGGUUCAACCCCUGAUAUGCAUGUCCAUCAAACUGGCAGUCGAGCCAAUGCCUUCCAUGCACUUUGUAAGAUUUUAUUAAGCUGGCAGCCUCUUUAUGGCAUAUUCGUGACUAAGAACAUCGGAUGUCCAUAUAUUGUGGUAUGGGCAGUCUGCGUGGUUUGAGUUAAACAGGCUGUAGUAGGAGCCGUACUUGGUUCUCUCUCAAUCAUGCAGCCUCCAUGAAUACCUCAGGCAUGUUUACUAAGCAUUGGUUAUUUAA